ACUCUCUUCCCCGUCUCCCACCCGCCAUCCUUCUACCUUUGGAUUCUUUCGGAAAGAAACACUAUUGCCAAACUCCGGACAUUCUAAGCUUUAUAUUCAAAUUCAUAGACUACUAUCUUAUUAGUUGUAAUCACGUGUUCAGCGCACGCACGCUUCACUAGGUUUAGCGUCAUACAAGGGGCGUUGUCGAUACAUAAGGAUCAGUCAUGGGCAAUGAGCAUACAGAGUAUAGUGGGGAGAUCGACGUACCAGUUGAAGCUAUUCGGAUAGUCGAUCCGAGCGUAUUAGCUAAACUACCUCAGGGUACUAUUAUUACGAGUGUCGCCGCACAUGGAGCGAGUUUCUGGACUCGCACUGCUAAGCUUGACGCGUUCCUGAAUGAUAGACCAAAAGAGUAUUUUCUUAAAACAUCUCAUGGGGACCGUGGAAAAGGCAUGAUGUCGGGCGAAUUCACCUCUAUGUCGUUAAUGUACGAAGCAAACCCAGACUUAGUCCCGAAGCCGAUUGCCUGGGGAACAUAUACAACAAUCCCAGAUGUUCAUUUCUUUCUUUGCAACUUCCACAACAUGACCGACGACCUUCCAGAUCUUCACUCCUUCCCCGCCAUGUUAGCCAAAUUGCACCGCAAUGGGUCAUCGCCAAACGGUAGUUUUGGCUUUCCGGUGAAAACGUACCACGGGCAGACGCCAAUUGACCAUGGAUGGUCCGAUACAUGGGAAGAAUACUUCAAGCGCACAACGACUGUUCUCCUCAGGUUAGAGCAGGAAUCCCAAGGGUUAAAUAAGGAGCUUCUUGAUAUGGCGGACCCUUUUCUGAAUAAAGUAAUUCCGAGACUCCUGCGACCGCUUGAGACUGGGGGCCGGAGCAUCAAACCCUGUCUGAUCCAUGGUGAUCUGUGGUAUGGCAACGCAACCAUGGAUGGCGAUUCGGAGCUUCCAAUCAUCUUCGAUGCCGCGUGCUUCUACGCACACAAUGAAUACGAUCUCGGGGUAUGGAGGGCCACCUGGAACAAGAUUGGCAAGCCGUAUAUUACUCGGUAUCACAAGCACUUCCCAAUUUCUCCUCCAGAAGAAGACCAUGAUGACCGCAAUGCUCUAUAUGCUACCCGUGUUGGUAUCCUAGACUCUAUCCUGUACAAAGGGAACAGUGGCUAUAGAGAAAAGCUCAUUAUUGAAAUGAAGAAGCUGGUGGAGAAGUUCCCUGGAGGAUAUGAAGGAGCAAGCUGAAC